CUCCAGAGCUUUUGGGUCUGGACUCCUUUUCUGACCUUGUCUCACCUCAUAGAAGUCAAGAUGAAAGGAUUGUGUAGCGGGUCCCACGAAGAGGGAGAACAUUAGAGCCGUCAGAGGUCAUAACCUUUUAUUUCCAAGUUUCUGAAGUUGUGGGAUUUGUGCUCUUGGUCUGGAAGAGAUCAGAUAUGACAACUGGGGUGUAUCUGAAAUUACUUCCCUACACUGGACUUUACAGGCUGCUGGGGCCUCUCAGGGAGGAAGGGGCCUCUCCUGUUUUAGUUCACUUAGCUUAGGACUCUGUUAUCAGUUCAGAGAUCCAGUUGUCAUUGGUAUCCAGGGAGCCCUCCUCCUUCGCCUGCUGCCGCUCUACCACCACAGUCUCUGGUUGUUGCUAAGAUUUCCUCCAUGGUAACAUGCACAUCCUGUUUACUCUUCCAUCUGGGCAAGGUGGUCUGAGCUAGGAACCUACCUACCCUGGACAACCACUUCCAUCACCACCUGGGGACACCAAUCAUCGUGACACGUGGUCUGGCUUCCACUCAGUUCCCCCAUCCACUUCCUCUUCUUGCUGCCAAGCUUCUAAGGAAAAAGGCUCUGAGCUAGAGUCUCUGAAGCUUAUUGCACGAAAUAUAGUCAAUCAAUUUCCUAACUGGCCUCCCACAGAAGCAAGAAAUAGGAAGUAGGAAGAGAAGCAAGAGACCCUGAUCAAUUGAAGGGAAAGUCCACAUUUUCUCUGACUGAGGGUGAUUGAGGGGCUUGGAAACAGCAGGCAAAAUGACAAACCCAACGGAACAUGCCUUGCCGGCAAACUGGAUGGUUGAGAGCCAUGAAGGAGAUUUUGGCUGCUCACUGAUGGACCUAAGGAAGCUCAUGGAGCUACGUUCAACUGAUGCAAUUAACAAGAUCAAUGUCCACUAUGGAGGUGUCAUGAAUCUCUGCAGUAGACUGAAAACCAACCCUGUGGAAGGUCUCUCUGGGAACCCAGCAGACCUGGAGAAACGUAAACAAGUAUUUGGACAGAACCUUAUCCCCUCCAAAAAGCCCAAGACCUUCUUAGAGUUAGUGUGGGAAGCCCUUCAAGAUGUGACGCUCAUCAUCCUGGAGAUCGCAGCCAUCAUCUCCCUGGUCCUGUCCUUCUACCGCCCCCACGGAGAGGAAAACGAGCAGUGUGGUCUGCCUAUAAGUAGCCCAGAAGAUGAAGGGGAGGCAGAAGCUGGCUGGAUUGAGGGGGCAGCCAUCCUCUUCUCGGUGAUCAUCGUGGUGCUAGUGACGGCCUUCAACGAUUGGAGCAAAGAGAAGCAGUUCCGCGGGCUGCAGAACCGCAUUGAAAAGGAACAGAAAUUCUCCGUUAUCCGAAAUGGUCACAUCAUCCAACUCCUCGUGGCUGAGAUCGUGGUGGGUGACAUCGCCCAAAUCAAAUACGGUGACCUGCUGCCUGCAGAUGGGAUCCUGAUCCAGGGAAAUGACCUCAAGAUUGACGAGAGCUCUCUGACUGGGGAGUCAGACCAUGUCAAGAAGUCCUUGGAAAAAGACCCCAUGUUGCUCUCAGGGACCCAUGUCAUGGAAGGUUCUGGUCGGAUGGUAGUGACUGCUGUGGGUGUCAACUCCCAGACUGGAAUCAUCUUUACUCUCUUGGGGGCCAGUGAGGGAGAAGAGGAGAAGAAGAAGAAAGGUAAAAAACAAGGAGUCCCUGAAAAUCGCAACAAAGCAAAGACCCAGGAUGGAGUGGCCCUGGAAAUCCAGCCACUCAACAGCCAGGAGGGGAUGGACAAUGAGGAAAAGGAGAAAAAGGUGGUCAAGGUGCCCAAGAAGGAGAAGUCAGUGCUGCAGGGCAAGCUGACGCGUCUGGCUGUUCAGAUCGGGAAAGCUGGUCUGAUCAUGUCUGCGAUCACCGUUCUCAUCCUGAUUCUGUACUUUGUGAUUGACAACUUCGUGAUAAAGCGCAGGCCGUGGCUAGCCGAGUGCACCCCCAUCUACAUCCAGUACUUUGUCAAGUUCUUCAUCAUCGGUAUCACUGUGCUGGUGGUGGCUGUGCCAGAGGGACUGCCACUGGCUGUCACCAUUUCACUGGCCUACUCUGUGAAGAAAAUGAUGAAAGACAAUAACCUGGUACGGCACCUAGAUGCUUGUGAGACAAUGGGCAAUGCCACCGCCAUUUGCUCUGACAAGACAGGCACGUUGACCAUGAACCGCAUGACUGUGGUACAAGCGUUUGUUGGAGACACCCAUUACCAUCAGAUCCCAAGCCCUGAUACCUUCGUGCCCAAGGUCCUGGACCUCAUUGUCAAUGGCAUUUCUAUCAACAGUGCCUAUACCUCCAAGAUCCUGCCUCCCGAGAAGGAGGGCGGCCUGCCGCGGCAGGUGGGCAACAAGACGGAGUGCGCGCUGCUGGGCUUCGUCAGCGACCUGAAGCAGGACUACCACGCGGUGCGCAGCGAGGUGCCCGAGGAGAAGCUGUACAAGGUGUACACCUUCAACUCGGUGCGCAAGUCCAUGAGCACCGUCAUCCAGAACCCGGGCGGCGGCUUCCGCAUGUACAGCAAGGGCGCCUCGGAGAUCAUCUUGCGCAAGUGCAAUCGAAUCCUGGACAAGAAAGGAGAAGCCGUGCCCUUCAAGAAUAAGGACCGAGAUGAGAUGGUGCGCACCGUCAUUGAGCCCAUGGCCAGCGAGGGACUCCGGACUAUCUGCUUAGCUUAUCGAGAUUUCAAUGACGUCGAGCCCCCGUGGGACAAUGAGAGCGAAAUCCUCACUGAACUGACCUGCAUCGCCGUGGUGGGCAUCGAGGACCCUGUGCGCCCAGAGGUACCAGACGCCAUCGCCAAGUGCAAACGAGCUGGCAUUACUGUCCGAAUGGUGACAGGAGACAACAUCAACACAGCCCGGGCCAUUGCCACCAAGUGCGGCAUCUUGACGCCUGGGGAUGACUUCCUGUGCCUGGAAGGCAAAGAAUUCAACCGACUCAUCCGCAACGAGAAGGGCGAGGUAGAGCAGGAAAAGCUGGACAAGGUCUGGCCGAAGCUUCGAGUGCUGGCACGAUCUUCCCCCACUGACAAGCACACGCUGGUGAAAGGCAUCAUUGACAGCACUAUUGGGGACCAGCGGCAGGUGGUGGCUGUCACUGGCGAUGGCACAAACGAUGGGCCAGCUCUGAAGAAAGCAGAUGUUGGUUUUGCCAUGGGCAUCGCGGGCACAGACGUGGCCAAGGAGGCAUCCGACAUCAUCCUAACAGAUGACAACUUUACCAGCAUUGUGAAGGCGGUGAUGUGGGGACGAAACGUCUACGACAGUAUCUCCAAGUUCCUGCAGUUCCAGCUCACUGUCAACGUGGUGGCCGUGAUUGUGGCCUUCACCGGAGCCUGCAUCACUGAGGAUUCCCCACUGAAAGCUGUGCAGAUGCUGUGGGUUAAUCUAAUCAUGGACACAUUUGCCUCAUUGGCCCUGGCCACAGAGCCUCCCACAGACUCUUUGCUGAAGCGCCGCCCCUAUGGCCGAAAUAAGCCUCUGAUCUCACGGACUAUGAUGAAGAACAUCCUGGGCCAUGCCAUCUACCAGCUCACGGUCAUCUUUUUCCUUGUCUUUGCCGGUGAGAAAUUCUUUGACAUCGACAGUGGGAGGAACGCACCCCUACAUUCCCCACCCAGCCAGCACUACACCAUUGUCUUCAACACGUUCGUGCUGAUGCAGCUCUUCAAUGAAAUCAACUCACGCAAGAUCCAUGGGGAGAGGAACGUCUUCGCAGGCAUCUUCCGCAAUCUCAUCUUCUGCUCUGUGGUUCUGGGCACAUUCAUUGGCCAGAUUAUCAUCGUGGAAUUUGGGGGUAAACCUUUCAGCUGUACGAACCUCACCCUGUCCCAGUGGUUUUGGUGUCUCUUCAUUGGCACUGGAGAACUGCUGUGGGGCCAGGUCAUCUCCACGAUACCUACCAAAUCCCUGAAGUUCCUGAAGGAGGCUGGGCAUGGCACUACCAAGGAGGAGAUUACCAAGGAUGCGGAGGGGCUGGACGAGAUUGACCAUGCAGAGAUGGAGCUACGCCGCGGCCAGAUCCUCUGGUUCCGGGGCCUUAACCGUAUCCAGACUCAGAUCAAAGUGGUCAAAGCAUUCCAUAGUUCCCUCCAUGAAAGCAUCCAGAAACCCAAGAACCAAAACUCCAUCCACAACUUCAUGACCCACCCUGAAUUCGCCAUAGAUGAGGAGGUGCCACGAACACCACUCCUGGAUGAGCAAGAGGAGGAAAAUCUUGAAAAGGUUUCUAAGUCUGGGACUAGGGUGCUCUUGUUGGAUGGUGAAGUCACUCCACACACCAACCAAAACAAUACAGAGGAUUGCAGCCAGGUGCAAAUUGUUGCCUCCCCCUCGGACAGCCCUUUACACAGCCUGGAGACAUCAGUUUGAACUUCAUUCUCUGACGCUCGUUCCUGCUUUCCCUAUUUCCUGUUCAUCUCUCCCAUCUCUAGGUGUUGAUGGGACAUUGACUGUCAAGUCAGCUGCUCCCAAGUAUGUGUGAGCCCCGCCUGACCACAAAGAGGCAAGAGAACAGAUCUAUAAGGAUUUCAACUUAAACUUAAGUCGGGGUCUAUAGCAGGACCCAGUCAAACCCAGGCAGGUAGUAAAUAAUAGAAUCUACUCCUUGGGUAUAUCAGUUGUCAUUUUUAAAGAAAUGGUAUGAUCCUCUUGGCAUUCACCCCAACCCAGAUUUCCCCCCAGUAUUCAUACACAUCUUGCCAUCUCCUGACUUCUGGAUUUUACCCUAUGAGUCUGUGCCAUGUAUAACCUCAGUCGAGGCUUCAGAGACAAAUAUUCUCAAAUGAAAUGUAUGGGAAACAGGAAUGGAUUUGUAUGGAAUUAGCCUGUAGAGUGAUUGUUUUUAAAACUAUUUUCCCAUUUUGAAAGUUUAUACCUAAAGCCCUCUAGCUCUUUCUACCCUUCCAGGCAAAUUUCCUCAAGGUUUUAUGACUAUUGUCUUCCUUACCUUCACUUUUUUUUUUUAAGUUGUGAUGAUUAAGGAAGUAGAAAGGACCUGGAUGAAUUGAGUCAACUUUGACCAUUCUCCCUUCUGGCCCCAUUGGAACCAUUGGUUUAGCUCUAGAGGCAGACAGGUUUUCAUUGCUAACAGGGUUUUUUGAAGCAAUUGAGAGCUUCAAAAAUGUGUAAGAAUGUGUUCUUGCUGUUAUUAGUUACCUACUUCAAAGCUUGUCCGGUAUGUGUGGUUUCUAAGCGCUACCUUGACCAUGAAGCUUGCAUAUGUGUGGUGUGUAGUUUUUACUAUAACCCUGAGAUUUCUCUUAUGUCUAAAGUGGUGGCAAAUGAAUCUAUUGAGAAUGACCCUGCCUCCUAAGUGAACUUGGAUAUCGAGGACCAGAAGUUGAAAGGUCUAGGACAAGACAGACCGUCAAAGCCAGCUCUUGUGAAAUCUUUGGGGUGACCACUACUGCUUUCGAAGCCAUCUGCCAAGGCUCUUCCAGGGCAGGACCUGGUUGUUGGGGGAGUACGUGUUGAGAAGCCUUGGGAGAGGCUAAAGGGCCAUUCUAGCAGGAUCUGAGAAGCCAGAAGCCUUAAGUUUAGGUGGCCGGGCACCAGCUUUGAUAUUCCCUUCAGUUGUCUAAUAUUACCCUUUGCUGUGUCCCUUAACUUGUCCAUUCUCUGAAAAGGUCACAAGCUUUCUCAAAUUCUCUGAUUUUGAAAAUCCGUAUCCAAAAUGGAAGGCUCCAGUGACAUUUUGCUGACUUAAAGAAGCAAAGGACCCACCCUGGCAAGCUCUCCUCCACCCCUCCUCUCCUUCCCCUCACACGCCCCCGCAAGGCUCUCCAGAACGUGCUCACCUGCUGCACAGGAAGCCCUGUGCCUUCUUUCCCUGAACACUGCCCAAAGCCUCCCUCUUCACCUGCCUCUCAGGAGCUGGGGACUCCACUAGGAGAUUUUUAAAGUGUUCCUUAACGGGACGAGGUGGAGCACAUAUGCAGCAGCUCCAUUUUUAUCCCUGCUGAUGUCAACUUACACUCUUCUGUACAGGGAGUUCCCUCACAUCUGCCAGCUUCCUCCUCCCACUGCAUAAAGGAAGCCUGCCCCCCUCUUUGCAGAGCGAUGGGAGUAGGGAGAAGGGGCUUGAGGCUCUGAGAAACUGCCAGAUGUCCAUUUGUGAGAGUCAGGGCACCGGAACCUGUCUUCUCCAGCCUUUUCUUCUGGAUGCCGCCUCCCUCUCACUGGCUCCCGAGCUGUCCCAGGUAGGAAGGGUGAAGGACCAGGACUCCCCGCACAACCCCGCACUACAGAAUCUACCGGAUUGGACUUUGCUCUUGUAAAGGUGACAUGCGUCAGUGAUCUUUUCUCUCUGAAACACUCGUGGGGGAGGAAAAACAGCUCACACAAGGUGUUAGGUGUUCACAUGUAUAUUUAUUAAGUACAUUGGAAGAUUUAGUUCUGUCAAGUCUUUUAUUACCUCAGAUCAGUUUUAAAAACAAGCCAAUAACCAACUUUGGAGGCUAUUUUACCAUUCCUACUCCCAGAAGACUCUCGUGGUGCCCGACAGGUUACUCCUGAGAGCUUGUGUCUACUUUUAAAGUCAACGGUUUUGUGUAUUCUAGUUUCCACAGUAGGAGAGAAAAUAUAGAAAUAUUAUGCAAAAAAAUAUAUAGUUUUCUUUAGAUCAGAAACUGGUAUUUUUUGAGUCAGCCAUAUGUAUUUUGUUUAAAGGAUUUAAAAUAAAGUGCUGUCAUGUAACCCUGUGGGGGGAGCACAUAACCAGCUGUUUCACAUGACAGGUGACUUCGUAUAUUUGUGUUGGUUCUAAAACCAAUGCAGUGUAAUUCCUUUCUCCAAACAGCCAUCUUUAUACUUAGGGGGAAAUUUUGUUGGGUUCUAGACUUUUUUAAUAUAAAUUUUGUUGCUAUGGAAUUGAGUAAGUUUAAGUGUUUAUGUGCCUAUGUUUUUUAUAUAAGUUUUUUUCUAUUCAGUUUCAGUGAUCCAACUGGCAGUGAGUAAAUAUGGCAUAAGUUAAUAAAGCUUUUCCCCAAAAUGGUGCUUUGGGUUUGAAAAGGGGCUGAUGGGGAGAAGGGAAAAUAUUGUCCUAGAUGACUCUCUUGAUACAUCUAGAAAAAUGGGCAGUAGGCUGGAGGGGAGGAAAGCAUCCAGCAAGAAGGGAGAACCAGCAGCAAGUGGGCGAGGGCCCCAGGGAGAUGAGUCCAGGCUAGCGAUUAGGGUCAGGGGCCUUGGUUGGAUUCCGUUUCUUGAUGAGUAGCUGGCAGAGUGGUACCCAAGACAUAUGAACAAUGUCUUGGGCUGCAAGGAUACUCUGAUUUGGGGUUUGGUUGUGUUUUUUUUUUAACUCCUGUUGCCUGCAGAGUUUUCCAUUAGUGAGUUUUAUGCAAGGAUGUGAGUUAGGACUUCGGCCCUAGAAAGGUUGCGUGCAAUCUAUAAGAUGGGGAAUUGAGCUCUACGUGGAAAAAACGAAGGCUGGUUCUAGCUCUGGCUGGCAGUCUUGAGGCUAGGUCCUUCCCAUAGGUGCCCUCUGACCUCUGAAAUGACUCGCAUCCCUAAAAGUUGUAGAAAGACCACCUGAAAAUCCCUCUGGCACUUUGCGGAUUCUUUAGGUCUGGGUUUCUUAUUCCCCUUGGACUUCGCGGGGGAGGGCUUGCACUUAAAUCCGAGUGAUUACCUCACCGCCCAGAACCCAGAGGAGCGUGGCCAGCUCCCCUGUGCCCUGAAACCUCCAAAUGCGAAACUUCCUUUACUUUUCGGCUUCCUUGCCUAGGGAAGCAGCCCUUAGUACCAUCACAAAGGACACACCUCCUCACUUUGCAUAACAGGGGACCAUCCCACUGCCAUGUUGGGGGCGAGGCAUUUACAAAGGCCUGGGAUUCCUAAGCCGUUCCAGCCCUUCCCUCAGAGUCGACCAGACAGCCUUCCAUUAGCCUGGUGCCAGUCUUUUUUGUCUUCCCAGCCCUGCUGGAAGGCCUGCUGUCCCUUUCCUCUUGGUUAAGAGAGAUGGAGGGAGGUGAGUCCCCAAGACUGAACUGGCCAUCGGUUCAUGUUUUCGCCCCAUAUGUGAAUAUGCCAGAUACACGUGCCAACAGAUCUAACUACCUUGUUCUUUUCAAAUCAGCACGCAGAUAGGAAUUUUAAGUUUCUCCUUCUCCUUCCUCUUCUCCUUCCUCUUCUUCUUCCUCUUCUUCUUCCUCGUCCUCUUCCUCUUCUC